AGUCAAGUUUACCCCCAGACAAGAAUACCUACUGUCCUCCACUCUCUCCUUCCCUCUAUCUUUCUGUGUAGGACUCUCCCUGGCUACCAUGAGAAUGGCCUUGAUGACGGUUGCCGCGGCAAUGCUGUGCUGGGUGGGUGUGUGUGCCAACGUUCAGCCUAAGAGAGAUUUUGACCUGCGGAAGUUUGCAGGGAAGUGGUACCGUGUGGGUCUGGCCUAUGACUCUCAGGGCUUCGCCCCCUACAGAGACAAGCUGAGGGUUGGAAUGGGGAUCCUUACCCCCUAUGCCAAUGGUAACGUCAACCUCACCAUGUGGGAAGUCACUCCUGCAGGGUGUCGCAGCAUGCUGUACACGUAUGAGAGGAGCAGCGUGCCUGGCAGGUUCACCUACUUCAGCACACGCCAUAACAAGGUGAAGGACAUCACUGUGGUGGACACCAACUACACAGAGUACGCCCUGGUCCUGAAACACAAGAAGAUGGAGCGCGAGUACACUCAGGUGGCCCUCUAUGGUCGCUCUCAGAGGGUGAAGCCGGAAGUGAUCCAGAAGUUUAAAGACUUUUCGUUGUCUCGAGGCUUUCCACAGGAGGCCAUCCUGACGCCGCCUCCUGCAGAAGAGAACUGCCCUCCCUCAGGGGCCUAGGUGAGCAACUCUGGUUGCUACAUAAGUUAACCCUUGAGCUGAGGACAAUUGACUUCAGAAACCCGUCUUCUGCUACCCUCGCUACCUGUCUUCCAGCAUAGAUCACAACACUUCCACAUGCUUUACUGCACAUGACUGCAGCACUUCCACAUGCUUUACUGUAUAAAGCUCUGGCAACCAUGGAGAACACCAGAAAGCGUAACCAUGUUAACAGCACGUAAAGCUGUACUUUCUUUGUUCUGGCCCCUGAUGAUCACAUUAAACCAGCCAUCUCUGUUGUUCACUUUGUGGGGGCAGUUGUCGGGGAUCUAAAUAAACAACACACUGUGGUGCAAUGUGGUCUCU